GGCGGCCGUUGCGCGCUUUCCCUUCCCCUCCUCCCGCCACUCCUCCUCCCUCCUUCGCCGGAUGCGUGCGUUUAUUGGGAUCGCGAGGGACGCCUUCCAAAAGAGUGUUGUUUUGAGAAUUAGCAUUCUUAGCAUUACAGUAUUCAUUAUACCGUAUAUGGGUUUCUUAUAUAUUUAUUUGCAUCCCACUUUUUUAUCCUGGCAGGGACUCAAGGAAGUCUAAUUAGAGAGAGAAAGAGAGUAGUUUUAUAGAUUUAUAUAGAUAUAGAUAUAGAUAGUUUUAGAUAGACAGAUGAUAGAUAGAUAACUAUAUAUAGUUAUAGUUUUAUAUAGAUAUAUACUUACAGAUAGUUAUAUAACUAUAUAAUAAUAAAUUUCCUUCCAGUAGCACCUUAGAGACCAACUAAGUUUGUCAUUGGGGUGCAUGCACAUGAAAGCUCAUACCAAUGACAAACUUUGUUGUUUACAAAAUAAAAAAAAAUCCUUCAGUAGCACCUUAAAGACCAACUAAGUUUUUAUUUUGGUAUGAGCUUUCGUGUGCAUGCACACUUCUUCAGAUACACUGAAACAGAAGCCACCAGACCCUUAUGUAUAUUUAGAGAGUUGGGGGUGGGGGUGAUGGGAGAUUUUUGUUGUUUAGUUGUGUCUGACUCUUCGUGACCCCAUGGACCAGAGCACGCCAGGCACUCCUGUCUUCUACUGCCUCCCGCAGUUUGGUCAAACUCAUGUUCGUAGCUUCGGUAGUUGGUCUCUAAGGUGCUACUGGAAGGAAAUUGUUUAUUUUGUUUCGACUAUGGCACACCAACACUGCUACCUACCUGUAAAUAUAAUUAUAUAAUUAUAUAACUAUAUAUAUAUAAUUAUAGUUCCUAUCUAUAUGCUUCACCUCAGUGUUUAGUUCCUGCCCCUUUCCCUUGCAAAGAGUACAUAAAGUGUAUCCUCUUGUGGCCGCCCUUUGAAUUUUUUUUUGCAAGGGUUCCUGCAGCCAAGUAUCACGAGCCUCAUAUGGCAAAGGUUGAAAGACAAGUGUUCACGUUUCCUUCUUGAUGCCAACGCAGUGAAUGGAAUUUUAUGCAUAUUGAAUCCGCAACUUGCACACGUUGAACUCGUGUGCAUUCAGCUUUAUGUGCAUGGCAAAAAAAAGUCAAAAGGGGGUGGGGUUCUGGUGAAAAUGACUUAGUCCAACCACGCCUGCCAUUGAACCCAGUGGGUUUUGUCUAUACACAAUUUUGGCUUUAGGCACGCUCCCUAGAAUGUAAUGUAAGUUGUGGACUUAGUGUAUAUGGUUAUUUUCCCAAAGUUUACCUCCUGCCCCAUUUUUAUUCAUACAUCCCUUUUAUUCAUAUCAUUGAGAUUGUUAAUAGAAAACAAACAAAAAAUGAUUCCCCCCUCCCAAGUUUAUUUCUUAUUUCCUUUUAUUCAUAUUAUUGAGAUUGUUAAUAGAUAAAAGCAAACCUUUAAUAAAUUACUCAUGCUAUACAGGCUUCAUGUUUCAGCCGCAGGGUGCUGCAGGCAAUUGUCACUUUGGCACACUGCACUAACUUUGGCACACUGCAUUAACUGGAAGUUAGUCCAGAGGCUACCAGUCGGAACCGGAAGCUCAAAGCCGCUCCUUGAAGUGCCAGGUUUAUAAUGGGAGACCUGUUCCUCCUCAGGCAUCCAGAGUGAGCAGUUUUCAACCUCUUAGACUUCACAGCACUCGGUCUUAAGGCUGCUUUGCUGAAAGGCAUUUAAUGCGCAUAGUCAGGUAGGCAGUGGUGAAGCUGUGGGUUUUGAUUCUUUCUGUGUGCAACUGCUUCACAAGUAUUUCAGUUUCAAAGCCCCAUUUCCCACACAGUGUUUGUUGGAUUUCAUAAAUCUGGGUUGAAUUGUGCUAGUGAAGAAAAAUAUUCAUGGUUGUUUCCACUGCUCAGCCCAGGUACUCUAGCCACGUCCUCACUGAAACGUUUUGAUCAACUUAGGCUGAGAUUCCAUGCAUGUUUACUUAGUGGUAAGCCAUGUUGAAUGCAAUUGCUCAUACUUCUGAAUAAACGUGCAUGGAAUUGGGAUGUUAGAGAUUGUACAGCAAUCUCUUGUGUGAACUUCUAGAAACCCUUACAGUGACAGACUGAUUAAACUAGGCAUGUCUAACAGGUAGAUCGUGGGGGGGGGGUGUCUCAGGUAGAUCGCGGUAUGAAUUUUAGUGAUCACCUUUGGCCAACCAUCCCCUAAAAAAAGCUCAACAACUCCUGGCAAUGACAAUGGGUAGAUCACAGCCGGUCUUUUUAGACUGUGAGUAGAUCGCAGUCUCUUGGGAGUUGGAUGUGCCUGAACUAAACAAUCUGCGCAGCCUAGAGCACACAGCUGGCAGUUAAAUAGCUGCUUCCAUUUGGGAAAGCAGGAGGUACGCUUAAGUUAUCGUACCUAUUUGGUUACUGUUCAUAAUUUGGCCCAAAAUCAGAUGUGAAGCAAGGAAAGUGAACUUUCCAAGUGCCUAGCUAGUGUGCUUGCCUUCAUGGCUUGCUAAACAUCUGUCCAAGUUAUCAAGUAUGCUGCUUUAUGUGUUGCUAAAUGUAGAACAGUUUUGAAAAUAAUAAAUAACCCAGUAAUAAAAAUUUCUACCUUUCAAAUUUAAAGCUAAACUGGGUGAGGGUAGGUGGUGGGUCUCAAACCCUCAGUGAGUUAGGGACUUCCCCUGCAUGUGGAGACAGAUUCUGUGAACCAACAGUGGAUCCAAUGGUCAAUGUGUUUUUGAGGGAAGUGAGGGGUCGACGGGGUUCAUCAACCUGGGAAGGUAGCCUAUCUACCAGAAGGAAAACUGAUCCUAAACCUCCGCUGCCUUGAGGGAUAUCUUCAGGAGAAGAAAAGGCUAAGGAGUAAACCCUACACUAAUCCAGAGUGGAGUCCUGAAGACGAUUGGAUGGCGUCUUGUACGCCUCCUCCUGGCAACUCCGGCAGCCAAGCUGUUGCCAAACGUAUUGCUCUGCUUUCUUUUGGACCACAUCGUCAAGACCAAGAGGAGUGUCUUGUCAUUUGGGCAGCCCAGGACCCCCAUACACACUGUCCAGGCUUGCACACCAUGGAAGGUCACAUAGGUGCUGCAAACACUGGGUUGACUUCAUCCCCAGAGGCAUACUGCAUUGUCUCUCAGGGCAGACGGAUGCAUCGCCCUGAGUUAACUCAUUUAAGGGCCUUGACCAGUAUGUGUGAUUUUGCAGAUAUUCUACCUCCUUAACUUCUUGCAAGUGAGUGGUUUUGUGCUGCAUGUGUGAAUAGAAAAGAAUUAGGUUAUGAUACAACAGUGCUUAAUAUUGAUUUAUUAGCUUGUUUAAAUAUUGCUGAGAAAAUUACUCCCGAGUCAAAUAGCAGCCCAGGCAAGCAAAUGUUUUGAUGUUUUGAUGGGUGAUAGUGUAAGCACAGCCCAUAAACAGUUCCUUCUUUUGACCUGUUGUCAGGUUAUUUUGUGUCACAACUCACACAAGAAGUUCAGAGACUUUUGUUUGUUUGUUUAAAAAAUGUUGUUUUCCUCAAAUACCAUGUUUACUGACUCUGCGUCUGUCUUAGGUGCUAACUUUGAAACAUGAACAGCAUCCCGCAUGUCCCGUGUUCAGAGCUGACUUGGCUUGUCGUGGAGCUCAGUGUCCAGCGCUUCCCAACUGACUUCCCCACAAGGCAUUUCUAAAGUACCUAGAAUGGCCAACAAGAAAGAACCUCCUUUCUACAAUGAUAAUAACAUGGGACCAUGCCAUUACAAGUUUGCUUUCUAUGAGACUAUGGAGCUCUUCAUUGAAACUCUAACAGGAACAUGCUUUGAGCUGCUGGUAUCUCCUUUUGAAACAGUUAUUUCUGUGAAAACUAAAAUCCAGAGACUGGAAGGUAUCCCCGUAUCUCAGCAACACUUAAUCUGGAACAAUGUAGAGCUAGAGGACGACUAUUGCUUGAAUGAUUACAACAUUUCAGAGGGCUGCACUUUGAAGUUGAUAUUGGCAAUGCGAGGUGGACCUAUUAAUACUAGAAGAGUUCCUGUGGGAGACCCAAUUAGGGAAAUAACAGAAUACAUGGAUCCCAGCCGUGAUGAUAUUUGGGAGAAGGUUCCAUCCAGCAAACAGGUUACCUUCUUAGUAUACCGCGAAGGAGAUCAAUUGAAUUUUUUCCGUAUUAUAGACAAGGGAGAUGGGACUUUAACACCAUUGUCUGAAUCGUUAAGUGGUGCUUCUGUUUAUAAUUUGUAUGCGGAUGAUGAUGAAGAUACAGAGGCAUCUCCUUCUGGUGAGCAGAUUAUUGAGAAUUCUAUUACGAUGAAUAAAAUGAAGCUUCUUAGAGCAAAGAUGGAGAACAUGAAUCUGAGUAAAAAGCCUAAAAAAACUGUUAAAGUGAACCCCCAUCCUCCACUGGCUCCUCGCCCAUCUAGUGGCUCAGUCACAGCGGCCCACCAGAGAUUUUUGCGAGCGCUCCGCCGUAUGGGACAACCGUGCCUACCUCCUAGGAAUUCAAAUACCUCAGACUUUUCUCAAAAUGCACUUUCGCUUUUAACACCUGCUGGCAGAAGGAUGCCAUCCACUAGUAAUGACUUUGUAAAGGAAAAUGACAGGUGGGAGACUGCUCCACAGUCACUUGGCAGCAUUAGGCUGCCCCCUAAAAUUCCACGUGUGGAAAAAGAAGAUGCAAAACUUCCUACAAACAGUGUGGUUCUUCCAGUCCCUGCUCCACUUAGGCACCCUGGGAGAAAUAUAGAUAACAGUUCGGCAACAAACGAAGCUGGUCCUUUCUUGUAUCCAAAUCUCACAAAUGUAAAGGUGUAUGCUGCAGAAGAAAAAGCUAUACCAAACUCUGACACUUUUGCCUUGUUAGCUGAGCCAUGCAGCGAUUUAUGUGGAAUAGGAAAAGUAAACACUGAGCUCCAUUUAUCUGAGGGGGACGAGGACUCUGCUCCUGCAGAUCUUCCAAACAAGACCAUUAGAAGACUCCUGACCCCUGCAGCACCAGAUACUAGCAUUCUUAAUUCUUGUGAACUAAGUCCCCAGAAGAACACACAGUUGUCACCUCUUCACUGUUCCACACAGGUGACACAUUACAGUCCUCGGAAACCUCAAGCUCAGUCCAAGUUUUUCGAGGUUGGCAACUUGAGGCCCGCUGCCUCGCCAAAUGUUCUGCGAUCCUUGGAGUUGCACAAUUUAGCCGACUCCUCUUAUCCAAGGACUUCCAAAUUUCACGGCAUAGGUUUAGACUCUCCUGGCAAAAGACCUGACCUUUCUAAAAUGGAGGCACGGGAAGUCACAGAAGUAGCGGUCAAGGCAUCCAAAGAUCCUGUUGCCUCUGUCAACAAUGUGGGCUUUCUAAGUUCCCUGGCUCGGAGCUCAAACAGAGAUGCUUUGCAGAAUUCCUGUAGGACAAGCAGGUUUCGGACUUCUGGUAUUGCGCAAACUACAAACCUCCAGCAUUUUCAAGGAGAAAGCUACAACAUGGCCACUCCCCACAAUGAAAUGCCCGGAUACUUCCUAUCCCCUGGACUUGGAUUGAAUGGAAGUGUUGUGGCUGCAGGAAAAAGAACAGGUGAGGCAACUCAUCUCCCACCUGUGAAUGGUUCAGUUCAGCCUAAAAAGAAAAUGGCAAAGCACUGUUUCUUCUGUGGAAAGAAAACUGGAUUAGCUACUAGCUAUGAAUAUGUGGAAACAACUUCUGCGCAACUCACCGCUAUGCAGAGACUCACACGUGUACUUAUGACUACAAGAAUGCAGGGCGGAGGUACUUACAGGAGGCCAAUCCUGUGGUCAGUGCGCCAAAGCUUCCCAAAAUCUGAGCAUGGUUGUAUGGCAGGCACCUGUCUGCCAGAGGAGCCUUAUUACACAGAGAGAAGUAGCGGUGGUUUAGACUGCUUCUUUUGCCAUGCUCCAAAUCUAAAGGUUGCCAACUAACAAAACCAUAUGACGCUGCAUAAUACUGGAGAAUAAUGUGAACACUACUGUAGCUGACACCAUUUAUUCUUGAGUGAAUCAAAAAAUUUAAAAAGUAGUUUUUGAAAAUGUACAUUCUGAUUUAACUAUUAUUAUAUGUCUUGUGUUAAGUGUUUUAUAUUUUCAAAAUGCUCUUUCACUAGACAAGUCUUUUAAAAGAUGCACUUUACUAAGUUUUAAUAUAAAUUUUAUAAUGAGACUUGAGGAGGUUCUUUAAUGAGGAUGUCAUGUAAUCUCUUCUAUGUUCUACCUUGGUUUUUUCCCAUUCUGGGGGUGUAAGUUAUUUUCGUAUAAAGUUUCCCAGCACAUUAAGCCUUACCCUUUUGGAGUUUAGAAAGUGCUCUAUCUGCUGCACUAGGUUCCAUUCAGAUGGUCAGCCAUACAUACACUGUGUGAUCCAGUCUCAAAUAACAUAUCAUGUUAACCCUGCUAUUUCUUAGCAGGCAGUUGUUUUCUUUUGUUUUCACAUUUUUACAAAAGAGAAAGUUUACCUUGCCAUUAAAUAGAAGAGGCAACUUAUUUUAACUUUUUGUAAUUCCAUUUUUUAAAAGACUUGGUUUGUUAAAAAUAUUGAGUGCUAUUACUGGGGGGGGGGUGUCUUUUAAAAUUACAUUUUCAUGCAGUUAUAAGCAGAGCAACUGACUUCCACUGUUUUACAGACUGAUGGCAAGUAGGAGCAUUGAUUAAGAAGCUAUGCCGUUGUUUAUCCCAUUAAAACAUAUGUAGGCUGGCAGAUUGCAGAGAGUGUUGAAUUGCAAGGCGAUUUCAAAGUAUCCCAGCCAGGUUGUAGGUUCCGUCAGGCUUUCUCAGAAAUGUCAAAUCCACCAACAGCCUUUAUCUCCUUUCUACUUUCAUUCACCAUAAUAUGGAGAUUUUAGUGACUGUUAACACUGUCUUUAAUUCCGCCCCACACACACCUUUCUUUAGCAGAAACAUAACUAAUACUUUCACCUGUCGGGUGCUGGAAGUUUUUACUUACCUCUGCUUAUCUGCGGUUGCAUUUAUUUCUGAAAAUGUAUGUGCAGCUGGCAAUGUGUAGGAUUCCUAAGAGCAUAACGACUCUGUUCCUUUUUCACCACUUUCAGGAGGCCUGAAACAUGGCUGCAAUUUGGUGCAACAGGUCUACUCAAUAUAUUAAAGAACGUGAAUUGAUAGAGCACGCAUUCAAGACAGCACUUCUCUCUUCAGCUCAAGUUUUGUCCUGAUAAUUGAGCACACACACACACCCUUCUUUAGAAAAUGGGCUGCUGCUGGUGGUGCAGUGGGAGGCUUAAGAGGCAGCAGGCACAGCCCUCGCCUUUUGCAGCUAAGAUCUUGCACUAUAUUUUCCCCAAGGCAUUGGCAAGCUCAAUUUGAAUUUACUUAUUAUACUUUAUUAUACUUUGAUUCCACCAUUUCUUUAAGGGGCUCAGGCUAAUAUACAAAGUUCUCACCACCACCACCCGCCCUUUUUCUCAACAAUCCUGUGAGGUAAGUUUUGCUGAGAAAGCAACUGGCCCAAGGUCCAUGGCUAAAUGGGAUUUGAACCCUGGUCCUCCCCUCUUCCAGCACAUCAAGAAACUCGGUGCGAUACCACAUCUGUGAAGAUGCGGAAGAAAUGGAAAUGGCCAAUGAUUAAAAAAAAGAGUAAGAUACUUUACCUACCUUGCCCAUAGUUUUCCUUGAAUUUUGCAUACGCCUUGGAACACAAAGACAAUGAAUGAGUGGGAAACUGGGAGACAAUUAUCCUGCUAAUAUACUUUUGUCUUCCUCAGACUACCAUUGAUUUGAAAAGCCCAAACUUGAAACAUUAUAUUAGAGGCUUGGAAAGUAGCCUUUUAUGUGGCCAGUUGGCAUCAUUGUAAAACCACACAUACAGGAGGAUUUGUGGGGAAACAUGAAGCCUCUUUCAACCAUGCCCUGUGCAGGCAAAUGUGGGCAAGAGCUGAGGGGAUGUGAAAAGUCUAUUGCUUGUGUUUCAGUGCAAACCAUUUAAAAGCUAACAAAACACAUCUGUAUCUUUUAAAAUGGACACGUAGCUUCAGAUAAGACAUCUGCUGAAACGUGAGCUUCCGUAGUCAUACAGGGUAUAUAUGAAUGGCAACAGAACCUCAGCUUUUGUGUUUGUGUUGCAUGAUACAAGGGAAACCCAGCAGGACCAGAUGAUCACUGAACAGUUAAUGUGCAGGAUUCUGUGGAGUUAUAAUAUUAUUUAUACCCCACCCAUCCGGCUGGGUUUCCCCAGCCACUCUGGGCAGCUCCCAACAGAUUAAAAACAGAAUAAAACAUCAAAUAUUUAAAACCUCCCUAACAGGGCUAUAUAGUUAAUCCUAUAUCUAUUGUUAUGAGUUCCUGAAAGCCGGUGUAAUCUGCAUAUUUGAUGGGCAUCCGCUCAAUUGCAUCAUUCAAGUUAUUUACGAAGAUGAUGAACAAUAUUGGGCUCAGGACAGAAGCCUGUGCCACUCGUCACCUUUUUUGAGGAUGACAAGGAGCCAUUGGGGAGCGCACUCUGGGUUUGGUCAGUCAACCAGCUACAAACCCACCUCCCAGUAACUUCGUCCAGCUCAACAUUUUAAGCUGCGUAUGUGGCCCCUGCACACUUUCUCUGAAUGCAUUAACAGAGCCUAUAUGAUUAAGAGGUCAUAAUGUAGGUUACCAUCUUAUUUUCUGCAUUACAGAAUCACCAUUUAUCAGGUAUCAAGGGGUUAACUGGCAAAGGCAGGACCGAAUGACUGGUUGGCACAGUGGACCCCGGUUACUUUUUGAUGCAUUACACUGAAGCCUGGCAGAACAGCGAAAGGGGUGAAUAAAAACAAGUAACUCCCACCAGCUCAAAACACCUGCUUUACGCCAAAGUCUGGUGUGUGUGUGUGUGUACUCAAAAAUAAAUCCCAUAAUAUUCAUAGGGUUUCUCCCCAAGAAUUAUGUGUUACUGAGAGUUGGUAACUUUCCUUUUAGUGUCGGCAAGCCUACAGAUUGUCAAGCAGUGGGGGAGCGCAGGAGAAUUCUUGGCCAAAUUUGUGGUCUGGGCACUGCCUUAGCAGAGCAUUGUGUGAUGAAGAGGACAUAUUGAGCCAGACACUUUUACACAACGUGGGUUAUCUUUAAUGGAACAAACCUCCCCACUGUGGACACGGACAUUUCCACCAAUCUUGUUGGUCUGACACUGAUGCUUCAAUGGAGGGAAUGACAAAAAGGGGCUGUGC